GACGACACGUGGCGCGUACGGGCACGACACGUGGCGGUCGAAUCCUUUGUAGCUGCUGCUUCGGUACGCUUCUAAUCUAACUUCAUACCCCCAUCCAGCAGCAGGUAGCAGGAGCAGAGGAAGAAGACGAUGGAGGGCAACGGGAAGGAGACGACGGCGAUGUCCAGGGCCCCGAGGGACGCGGCGGCGGCCGGAGUCUCCGUGCGCGAGUCGCUGCAGCACGCCUGGGCCUCCUUCCUUGGCCUGGUGAGGAAGGUGACGGCGAGGAGCGAGGAGGAGGCGGCGGAGGCGGACAUGCGGGCGGCCAAGAUGCAGGUGGAGGCCACCGACGAGGCGGAGGCCAAGAAGAAGCAGCUCGCGGACUGACGACCGCACGGCAGCUCCGCUCUCCUGCCUGCUCUUGCUUUUAAUUAACCUUAGCCUGUAAUAAUACCAUCUGAAACAGGCUAAUAACAUGUAGUACCAACAUGAUGAUGUUAGUGUGUCGCUCGGUUUCUAUGUAAGCACUGUAACUGGAAUGUCAGACUCUAGGUUCAGCUUCAUGAGCUAAUUGCUUGCAAGUAUGAAUCCGGUUCAGCAUGCAGUCAUACAGACUGAAACUGCACCUGAUAUUGAUGAAUAAACACGGUUUCUGAUGCGUACCUUUGAGCAAGAAAAC